AUGGAAUGGAGGAGCCCAGAUGAUAGCGAUAGUGGUAGUUUGGGGAACAUGCGGUUCACAGCCGAAUUCCCACCUCAGCCGAAUAACAAUAAAAACAAAGCGAGGGCUAGUGCUAAGAGCAAUGUUUCGGCUCAGAAUAAAAAGCAGAAAAAGCAACCGAAAACCACUUACACAGACACUCAGCAAAACACAGAUACCCAACUGAAUCAACAGAGGCAUACAGAGAGUGUAGUGAAAGAUACGGGACAAGUGCCUAGAAUAUCCGGGCGGGAUAUGUUUGUGUUCUUCUGCAGCCACCAGAGGGAUUUUCACGGCGACAAGGCCGAGUACUCGAAUUGGUACCCUUCAGAAUUUAAGGAUGAGAACAAUGUGCAGUUCAUGAAUAUGGAGCAGUACAUGAUAUAG